AUUUGCCGUCCUGCACUUUUGAUCGCUUUGUCGCCGUUCGCGUUGUCAGGAAUGAUCGAGAUGGAGAGUAUUAGUGAUCGUGCCGAAUCUGAAAAGUAGAGUCACUCUAUGCUGUCCGACAUGCAAUUCAGGGCACAGAUGCGCGACGAUCGACACUCUUCGCGACGAUGUCUUCCUCCAACAGCACGUCCCGUGUCGUACCAGCUCAGCUGUCCUAUCUCGCGAUAUAUAACCCCUCUCUCGGCCCUACCGACGAAACAGUGCGCGACCAGAUUGUUUUCUACUACUCCAGAAAACUAGAGGAAGAAAGGGGAGAGAAAAGGAAGGAAACGACUGCAAGAGGAAGCGGGCAGGCGCAUGAAGCGAAGCAAGAGGGCCAGCAAAACCGAAAUGAAAAAGACGAGGAAGCACAAGAGAACGAGCGCCUGCGUCAGGUUGGACUGGCACAGGGAAUGGUGGAUUUCGUAAAAAACUUCUCAAAUGGAGUGCCUCUAGAGUCGAUCCAGACUGAAAAGUCCCGCGUGGUCCUGAAAGAAAUCGAACCUCAAUGGUGGAUCCUUGCUGCGGUUGAUUUGACCAAGCUGCCAUUGAGUACAGCCGCCUCAAGUGCAAAAAAGACGCCGAAUAUCGCCACCAAAGAUUCGAGAUCAACUGAGGUUGUGCCGGCGGAAAAUGUCGAGUAUUCGUCACGGGAAGUGGCUCCUGCUCAACUCCUUCUUGCUCAACUCACACAUGCGCAUCGCGGCUUCCUGCUACACCACGCAUCCUGUUUAUCUGAACUCUGGAAGAAGCAUGAGAAUAAUAGGCGGUUGUUUUGCGAGUUACUAGAACGGUAUUGGACUCGUUUUAUCUGGAGCUGGGACGUGCUUUUGCAUGGAAACCCGGCCACAGAGCUUUACGAUGCUGUCAGGCUUGCUGGUGGCGGCGAACUUGGAAUAGGUGUGGGUGAGGAAGAAUGGGGUAGCGGCGAGAGAGAAGUCUUGGAAGGCUUCGUAGACCGAACUGAAGGGCUGCUCGACCUUAUUGUGGGACGAUACGGUGAUUCACCAGUGGCUGAAAACCUGGAGAUGCAGGACAACGGCUCAAAGGCAAAGCUGGUGUCGCAUGACCCUGCCCCUUGGCUUGGUAACGGAGAGGACAUAGGAGCCCAGGAUGGGAUCAUCUUUUCCGGGAUCGGGGGAAUUUCUAGGCAAUCACUCGUCACUGUGUCGAAGUGGAUGGAAGGGAUCUAUGCACAAGGUGAAACAGCAUAUGGUGUUGGGGAUAAUCCCAAAACUCGUCCAAGACCGCGCAGGAAAAGGAGGAAAAUGGACGGUGAGUCUCCACGGGAAAAGGUCCACCGAAGCCAGCAACCACAGGGGGAAGAAGUGCAUCCUAGAGUGUCCUCGAUACAGAACAAGGCUCCUGACCUUCGGCGGAAAGCCAUCGAAAACAAUGCGACACUACCGGGAAUACCGCCGCCGUUGAUCAGUGCGGUGGAACGGUCUCUGAACGAAGCAACGGCCAAAGCAAGUGAUUCAGCUCAGCAAGCAGCAAAAGACAGCCAACCUAGGCCAGACCAGAGCCAAAAGGAGCAAGAAUCCAGUUCUUUAUUUGGCGCCGAUAAGAUGAUGAAGUACCUGAGUCUAGGCUACGGCUCUAGCUGGACUUUGAAUCGCAGAGGCUUCAGUGGUGAAAAGGAGUCUAAUCAAAGUGCAACCGAGUCUGAAGAGGAUGAGACCAAGUCGGAAGUCGAGCUUGACGCGCACUUGCACGAACUCGAUCCCACGCCGGAAGUCAGCGAUGAAGAAGCUCCCUUCGUGCAACGGCUCGAGCAAUCAAUUGGCAAAUUCCUGAUUGGCCUAUCUGGUGAUCUGGAGAACGCCGAAUUCGAGGACGACACCAAGGGCGACACGAAAGGGAAGGCUUCAGAUCCAAGUAAAGAUGUCGAACGAUCACCUUCGCCAGCAUUGAGAACAUCGAAUCGGAUCUUCCUCCGCACGCUCACCAUGGAAAUGUCGUCUUCACGAACGGCACAAAUCUCCGAUCCAGAACGAGCGUCCUCCCGGCUCAGUGGAUCGGUUACCGACUCCGAAGAUGCCAAGGGCAAGACCAGUGCCGCAGCAUCAGUAGAUGGUCCUCAACGAUCGAAUAUUACGCACGAGAAGGUCCAGGUCGCAGUCUACGUUCAUCAGCCAUUCAUCUUUGUCUUCUUAUUCCAACUGCGUACGCCUAACUUGACCGUGCCAGGAUUUUAUCGUGCAAUCCAUCAUACUCUCGGGCCUUUGCAGAAGAGUCUGCUCAGAAGUACGGAUCCUAACCGAUGGAGAGAUCGUGUGAGAGAAGCGCUAGAGCCCGAUUCCGAGUUGUCUCCUGAUGAGCAGGAAAAGAAAGACCUUCCCGAGAUAUACGAUCUCGUCUAUGACCCGGCAAAGAGGACAGUACGAACGUCGAUACCGAACAUUCCUAUUCCUGGCAGCCUUGCGGCUGAAGGUCUGCAUCUGACACAAGCGAAGUCCGUCACGGUUUCUGGCUCGUGGUAUACCCUCGGCAUACCCAUUGGAUCGUCCCCCACGAGUGGCCCGGAAACGACCAGGACCUCGUCACUAGUGAAGAACAACUGGACUCGCGUUGAGGCGCUGAACGUGCACACGCAUAUCCUGAAUCUCUGGACUGCGACCCGGUCUACCACGUCUAAUCGUGGACAAGCGACGGCCGACACUGACGAGUUGGAGAGGACUGUCAAAACCGCCCGGGGGUGGUGGGUCGUGUGGAUGAAAGUGUUGCCACCGGAACCGGCGACUCUUGUUGGUGCUCAAACAGAAAAAGAAGCGAUGCUGGUUAGGAGGUCACAAGAUCGAAGCGUGACGGGCGCUGAGGUAUCGGGGACUCGCUCGAUGUCUGGGUUGAGCGGCUCUACGGGGAGAUGGCUACUACGGGAGCAGCCACGGAGUCGCGAGGUCAGCGGAUCGAGUCAGCAAGGACACAGUGGGAGAUCGGGAGCGACGAAUGCGAAGGGGAUGAAUGAGGGUGUUGGGGUGGAUGCUAGGAAGUGGGUGGAAGGCCUGGUCAGGUUGAGUAUGUGAAGUCUCCUUCCUGUUGUCUAACCACAAUAAUAUCAUUAGGAAGAUCCGGGAACUGUUGACGUGCAAGCAUCCGGUUCCUGAAUUGGCUGGGUUUGCGCCUUGCCACAUCAGUCCAAGCAUCCAAAGUUGUUCCAAACGUCGAACUGUGACGAGGAGAACUUGGCUCUCUGCGGGGUUCUCGCGAGGACAAGCCCGAGAAGGCUUCGUGCCGAAACUUCCAGGUCGCCGAGUUGUAACUAGAAUGCGGAGUAAUGGAGGGAUAAAGCUCUGUGCGUUUCGCGUCUUAUACAUUUCAGAGCUUCAAGACACUGUUGUACCAAUUCGUUCGUACGCGAUCGCCCAAAGCAACAAUCAGAGCCUUGCGAAAGCGUUUGUAGGAUCAGGAAACAACAAAGUACAAGAUGACCACCACAGGAAGCUGCAUGUGCGGCGCCAUCAAGUAUGAAUUUACCGGG